CUGUUCGCUCUCUCGUUCGCGCGCUCGCUCGCUCUUCACUGCAGCUCUCUGGCCAUUUUGAGGAGGGCGGGCGGAAUGAGGCGCUGAUCCGCUACGAGGAUCGCAUUGUGACAGCGGCCAGUCGCGCGCCUGCCUGCAUCUCGGCACACGGCGGACCAGGCGGAGGAGGAGGACGUCGCCCGAAAACCAUGAGCUGGGGGACGGACUUGUGGGAUCAGUUUGAAAACUUGGAGAAGCACACGCAGUGGGGCAUCGACUUUGUUGACAAGUACACCAAGUUUGUGAAGGAGAGGUGCGAGAUUGAGAUCAACUAUGCGAAACAGAUCAGAAACCUGUCCAAGAAAUACCAGCCGAAGAAAAACUCCAGGGAGGAAGAGGAGCACAAGUACUCCUCAUGUCGAGCCUUCCUGGCAACGCUCAACGAGCUCAAUGACUAUGCUGGGCAGCACGAGGUCAUCGCAGAGAACUUGACCUCGCAGAUUGUGGGCGACCUGGCACGGUACACGCAGGAGCUCAAGCAGGAGCGCAAAUCCCACUUCCACGAUGGCCGCAGGGCUCAGCAGCACAUUGAGAACUCAUGGAAGCAGCUGGAGGCGUGCAAGAGGAGGUUUGAGCGAGACUGCAAAGAGGCUGACCGGGCACAGCAGUACUUCGAGAAGAUGGACAACGACAUCAACGUGACGAAAGCAGAUGUGGAGAAGCGAGCCUUCUCAAAGGCACGACAGCAGGCCCAGCUGCGGCAUCAGAUGGCCGCGGACAGUAAAGCGGACUACACGGCGUGCCUGCAGAAGUUCAACCAGGAGCAGAACGAGCAUUAUUACACCCUCAUCCCGCACAUCUUCCAGGGCAUCCAAGAUAUGGAGGAGCGGCGGAUCCUGAGGCUGGGAGAAUCCAUGAAGACGUUCGCCGAAGUUGACCGCCAGGUCAUCCCCAUUGUGGGCAAAUGUCUCGAUGAAAUCACGAAGGCAGCAGAGUCCAUCGAGCCAAAGAGUGACUCGCAGCUGGUGAUAGAAGCCUACAAGUCGGGGUUUGAGCCCCCGGGAGACGUGGAGUUUGAAGACUACAGCCAGGCGAUGAAGCGCACCGUCUCCGAGAGCAGCCUGUCCAACUCGAAAGGAGAGGGCAAGCCGGAGAAGAGCAGCGGCAAAGGCAAAGGCAAACUGUGGCCCUUCAUCAAGAAGAACAAGCUCAUGUCCCUCCUAACGUCCCCCCAUCAGCCACCCCCACCUCCUCCCCCAGCCUCUGCCUCACCUUCUGCUGUUCCCAACGGUCCCCAGUCUCCCAAGCAGCAAAAGGAGCCCCUGUCCCAUCGGCUCAACGAGUUCAUGACGUCCAAACCCAAAAUGCACUGCUUCCGGAGCCUGAAGCGAGGGCAGCAGCGCUCUUACUGCUUUCAAAAAGAGCUCAUGAAGAGGACGCUGGGCAGGCCCACCCACGCCUACGAGGCCAGGCGCUACGUCCUUUCUCUCAAGCUGAUUACGUUGAAUGCUCAGGUGCGGACUCUCAUGGAGGGGUCGGGGCCUGAAGACUUCAGUCACCUGCCGCCCGAGCAAAGGAGGAAAAAGCUGCAGCAGAAGAUCGACGACUUCACCAAGGAGAUCCAGAAGGAGCUGGACCAGAGGGACGCCUUGACCAAGAUGAGAGAUGUUUACAUCAAGAACCCCCAGAUGGGAGACCCCAGCAGUGUAGACCCCCAGCUGGCUGACAUUUCACAGCGGAUUGAGAAGCUGCGCUUCGAGGCUCAGAAGUUUGAGGGUUGGCUUGCUGAGGUGGAGGGACGGAUGCCAACACGGAGUGACCCUCCACGGCGGCAGAGUGGUCUGUAUGACGGGCAGAACAGCACGCCGGUGAGCAACAGCUGUGCCCAGGACCGGGAGAGCCCUGAUGGCAGCUACACAGAGGACCCGAGCUCAGAAGCACAGCUUAAGGUGCCUGUCCCCGACUUCGAUGACGAGUUCGAUGACGAGGAGCCUCUGCCUACCAUUGGCACAUGUAAAGCACUCUACCCCUUUGAAGGACAAAACGAGGGCACAAUCGCUGUGGCCGAAGGCGAAGUGCUGUAUGUGAUCGAAGAAGACAAAGGAGACGGCUGGACCCGCGUGCGCAGGAACGAGGAGGAGGAGGGCUACGUGCCCUCCUCUUACGUCGAAGUCUGUUUGGACAAAGAUGCCAAAGGUUCCAUGACUUACAUUUAGUCUCAAGUCCUGUCACGAGUGCCACUGCUUGGCGGUGGCAGGGGGUGUGCAGCGAGGGGCCUGGUGCCAUCCAGGGCAUAGUUGUGGCGUGGGGGACCGUCCUGUGUAAUUCCCAGAUGACAUCGGGCAGCAAGGACAGCCAGAUGAGAGGUUGGCGUCACACACACCGUACAUAUCUGAGGGGUGCCAGUGCCCACUGCUUCUCACUUAAGCGCCACACUGCACCCCUGCCAGGGUUUCAAGUGAGACGGCUGCCGCUGCUCCUUUGGGGUCCCCAGGUUUGAUUUCUCCGGAUGGAGCGUCAGAACCACAGUUGAGUCUCGUGCCCGUCGGUAACCCCGGCCAUUUCAGCAUCGUCCUGCUGCGAGGGGCGCCAGCUGACUGGCGUUUGUAUUCCCUGUGUCUGUAGCUGAUUUUGAACUGGGUGGCUCGGGGGCACAGUGGUUACUAUUACUUGGGCACAGUGUGGAGUUUGCAUGUGCUGCCCGUGUCCACCUCGCCAUCAAAGACAUGCAUAGCCGGUGCCCCCUAUUUCAUAUCAGCGAGUUGUACACGCGUAGGCUGGACCUCACACUCACGGUCGUCAUCUGUCCCAAGUGACACACACGUCACAGUCACUCAGAAGAGUUCCUACACCCCCCCCCCCCCCACCACCACCACAUGUAAACAUCACGACUGACCCCAUAAUAAUGGGGGGGGGGGGGGGUGGCUGGCACUAAGUGGCACAUUUGAAGUUAUUGUAUACACCAGGUGCCCUGUGCCCGUUUGUCAUUUCAGGGUCCACUGAACUGCCCAAAGCUCUGCAGGUGGGCUUUACAUUCUUCGGCAAGCACCUAUGGUGCCCCCCCCAAGGGUCACGUUGCACCGGGGGGGGGGGGGGAGUUUGUCUAAAUGGGUGGGUCGAGAGGCACAGAGCUGUAGGAGGUGCCACCUUUGGUAGGCACAAGCACGUCUCCUGCCCGUUGGUGCCAGUCUAACAUUUGCUCUCGUGUUUUCUGUCAUUUUCUGAUUGCAGAUUCCUAAAGGGGCGAGGCCGAGACAGGACUCCUGGGGCAAGCGGCUCCUGGACACACACUCCCGUGCCCGUAUCCGUCGGAUUAGAACCAUGAAAGAGGAGACGGUGGCGACCACCCGGUGCUCCCAACCGCCCUGCCAGCCCCAGCCAGCGGCGCUCGUCCUCCUGUGUUCUCUCUUGUCCGUCAAGUGUUUGUCUGGCAUGCCGCUUCACGCUCCUCCCUGUGCUCUGCCACCAGGCGGGCACACCACGCUAGCUGGAGCCGGCAGGCGGUGGUGCUGCUGCCCGGCCGGCCGGCCUCUGCCCCCGAGUCGUUACUGCGUGCCCGCUCUGCCACCUUGCCUGUGCCAAACUUUCACUGGAGGCUCCUCUGCCACCCGCCUGCCAUCUGGGCUCCCCGACCGAGUGCUGCUUGUUCGUUUUUCUUGUUGUGUCUCUUUGUUUGGACUUUCUAUGCAUGAGCACAGCUGUCACCCAGAAUCUCCCCGGGCACGACACUGCCCCCCUCCCCCUCAGUGUGCUUGAUGCCACGGGGGUCCGAUAGACUCUGAAGAAGCUCUUUAAAUAUCUAAUAUAUAGAUUUCUAUUCUGCGACAGUGUUACACGUUUUGUUACCUCAAAGUCCGGCUGAUUGAAUAAAUGGAGUUUGUUGCCAUCAUCGUCAUCUUCAUCAUCUUCCUGCUGCCAUCGGCGCGCCUCUCCUGUCCCUUCCAUCCUCCAGGGUCACCAAAAUGUGAAGGUGAAAAGUGUCGGCCCCCUCAAGUGAGCGGCCAUCGCGGAGGGACAGUGAGGGUCACAGGAAGACCCCUCGGGGGUCCAGCCAAGGAGCAGACGCGGCCAUCCCACCAGUGGACUGGACUCUGCGAGCGCAAGAGGACAACAUCCUUGGGUACAAACCGUGCCCACUGGCAGUGUGGGAGGUGGGCUGGCACGGAGGUGGGCCUCUGCACGGCCCCCCCAAGACGGGAGAGUGUGCGAACGGUGGCACUCGGGUCAUCGCUGGACCUCUGCCGUGGUCCAGUCGACGUUAUAUAGUGCCUUUCACAUUGCAGCGGCUGGGGGGGGGGGCGAGUGCGUUGCAAGUGGCUUAGCAAGCGACUCGCAUGAAUGCGCCGCCCGUCUAAAUGUUACGGCAGCCUUUGCUUGGCACGUCAUGCUUUGCUUUGUGAAAAACAAAAAAAAGCAAAUAAAAUGUCAAAUGUUUCAGAA